CUUGUUGCCGCAGAGCUUGCAUUGGACAUUUUAUCUAUCAAAUUUGGUGGCAAACUGCCAACAAGGGUCUGUUGGUUUUCUACUCAGUUGAUUUGGCUGUCUUAUUAGUUGCUGUCUUGAAUUGGUUGGGAGACACAAAGGGGCUGUUCCAAAAGAGAUGUUACAAACAUGGUAUCAGAGCCUUGAUUCUGCCAUCCGUGGGUGUGGGAAGAGGUGUCCUUUAGGUACAUGCCAACUCUUUGACAAAAGGCGCUUUCAAUAUCAGUGAAUUGGUGCUCCAGUAUGGAAUUGGGUCAAACCGGCGGUGAAACGUUUUUGAAAAAGUGUCAUAGAGUUUCAGCUAGAUUGAGACUAAAAGAGUUGUUAGCUAAGCCUUCGAUCUUCUUUGCUUCUCCUUCUCUGUAUAGGAUCGAUAAGUUUGAGAGCGCAGGGGGAGACCAGAGGUUUGGAACCCUGAGCCUAAGGCCUUCAAUGGUGCUCGGAGUGCCAAGGAAAGUUGAGGAUUCUUCACGCCAACCUAUCACCGAUUGGCCAGAGAUGAAACAAGAGCUGAGAAAUCUGUUUUUGCCGUGUAAUGUCCAAUGGCUAGCAAGAGACUUCUUAAGGCAUUUGAGGCAAACGGGUUCAGUUAGAGAGUAUAUGAGGAGCUUCCAAUCUCUGAUGCUCGAAGUUCAGAACGAACUUAGGAGGGAGAAAGUAAAUAACCUCGCUUCAGCUAUCACGGUAGCAGAGAGUUUAAUGGACUUCAAAGGAAGUUCAGAUGGGGCAGAAAAGAACAAAACCUCUAAGGGCAAGAAGAAGUUCAGUGGGAAGAACGAUCAUGAAGCAUCAACACCCAAAGCAAAUGUUGACAACAAGGGCAAAGGCAAAGCGCUGGAUCCGGGGUGUUUCAUUUGCGGCGGUCCCCAAGUCCGAAGAGAGAGAAACUCAAUGCCUUGAUUGCUGAAGAAGACCAAGCGCCGGUUGAAGAAACCACUUCGAGGGUCUCAACUCUUGAAUUCCAUUAGACAAGAGAGUCGAUCAGAUACUAGGCUAAUGUUCGAAAAUGUAAAAGUCAAUGGACAGGUUGGUUGUGAGGGCAAUGGUUGACACCGGUGCUACUCAUAACUUCCUUUCUGGUCGGAUCAUAGCGCGGCUAGGCCUACGGGUUGAUAAGGGAAACAGCAAAAUAUAAAUGAAGGCAGUGAACUCUGAGGCGAAACCUAUUGUUAGGGUAGCUAAGAUAGUUCCGCUACAGAUUGGCGAAUGGUCUGGAAAGUUUUACUUGAUGUUGGUGCCGUUGGAUGGCUUCCACUUUUCUAUUGGGUUUGGAAUUCUUGCGGAAGACAAGAGUUUACCUUUCACCGCGUCGAGGUGGUAUCCUGAAAUGCAAAUGCGAUAAAAGUCCGUGUUUUGUUCGAGGGUCAUAAAACAGAAGAGGGUAAAGUAGGUUUCUGCGCUUCAGAACAUGUCACCCAUUCUUUAGCUUUAUGAUGGUUGUUUUGUUUCUUGGAUGUGGUUACCUCAAACUAGCCUAUUUUUUGGUGGUUGUUCAAUCAAUUGACGAUUGAGCUGUUGACGAUUCCUUUAUGCAGUGGCUUGUCGAGUACAAUGCAGCAUUGGCAUCUAUCUGCUUCAUGACGUCCUGGAUGUUCCUUGGAGAGUGUGAGUAUGCAUCAUUUAAGGUUUUUGUAUAUGUGUUAAGAUUCCUGUCAUUUUUUUUCCCCAAAUCAACUUUUGAGAUAAUA